AUGCAGCAGGGUAGUGUAGGCGACGGGGAUUCGGCCCCGAGAAAUUCGCCGAAAAACUCCAACACGGGCGUCGCCGACGGUCGAGUUCGGGUUAAAAUCGAAGCGCCGGAGUCGACGGAACUGUUCGACGUUAAACGAGAAACCCAAGACGAAUAUCAUGCCAUUCAACACGAUUACCAUUAUGACAGGAAACCAAUCGUUCCAACGAAGUUCGAUGCAAAUUCCGAAAUUAUCAAUCAGUGUCAGCCACCCCAUCAAGGUUAUCCACGACCGGUAAAUUCCGGGCUUUCGAAUUCUUAUGGAUUUUCACAUUUCUAUGGGCCAGCAAUGCUACCUCCCUCGUUUCAUGGCGCCAGACCAUCUCCAGAUCGACCUAUUGGGAAAAUUGACGAGCAUGAACACGAACAGGAACGUUACAGAGUGCCCGUGUCUGGUGUCGCUAGUGACAGUGUUUUUAUGCAUCACGAUCCUCAUAGAUAUGAGAUUGGUGAUUACCAUGGGAAAGGAUAUCCUGGAAUGGCUUAUCCCGCGUUUCGACCAUCGAUGCAGCAGCGUGCACCGAUGUAUACCGGUCAUCACAACAAUAAUAGCUACAGGACCGCGCAGUAUCAAAACAGAAAGCGCAAGUGGAGCGGCGCUGCGCUGCGCGGAAUGCCGCCAUCGAUGCCUUGGCCAACGUGGUUCUACAGGCCGGAUUUCCCUCUCGGCACUCAACUGCCCACCGGCCACGUAUCGAAUCCAAGCAACGUUCCUACUUCGUCCCCUCUGUGCCCCAGGACUCACUUGCAAUCAGAGGCGUCCAAGGUUCCCGAAUUUCUCGAUAGCAGCAAAAUCCACGGUCAAACGCCGACGAUAUGCACGUCUAUCAAGUGCACGGUGAAUGGAUGCUCGUGCGACUCGUUCACGCCGGGGAAGAGGCACAUCCGGUACUGCGACAGGUGCCACCAUGGAUGGGUGCCACACGCGCUGGCGCGAUUGUCGUCUAGUGGGGAUGUCGUCUCCAGCCCCCGUGCCACUGGUAGGGAGGACAAAAGCGGCGGAGGGAGGGUAAAGCAGGCGACGCCGACGACCACGGUGACGACGACGACGACGACGACGACGACCGCUGCUGCCGCCGCGGCGUCCAGAGAAGGAGGCGGAGGUGGAGGUGGUGAUGCAAGUGGCGGUGGUGGGGGCGCGGCACUCGGUGGGGGGAGCUGUGGUGGGGAGAGGAACGGUGGAGGUGGUGGUGGCGGUGGUGGUGGUGGCAGUGUUGGUGGUGGAGGCGAUGUCGCGGAGAAGGAGGAGAGGCCACCGGCUUCAGAGAGUGUCGAGCCGACGGCCGCGUUUGACGUCGCAUCCCUCGUACUGUACGGCUCGCGCGCACUACCGAUCCGCCUUAAGAUUUUGCUCGAUCAGUUGUUCAACCAGUUGCAGCACGCGCAAGUGACACGUUUACUAGCCGCAUUCGGCUGGACGUACGAGGAUUACACGCGGGGAUACAUACUGCAGGAUUCGCAGAACGGCCCGGUGCUGGACCGAUGGAGCAUCUGCUCUCCUGAAGAGGAGCCGCUGGUACUGCAGCAGUUCCUCAGAUUCGCCGAGACGCGCCCGUUCGUGCAGCAGUUGCUGCUGGCCGCCGGGACGCCGGGGACGGAUGCUAUGUCACCGAGCAGACGACCUUCGCCUCCGACGAUGCCGCUAGCACACCUACCACCGCCGCUACACCUGCUCCACUGCGGCCUCCCGCCCCCGGGCUCGAGGUUGCCGCCCCCUCUGCCUCCGCCGCCGCCGCCCUCCGUCUCGCAUCCCUCCAUGUCGCCGACCGCCCAAAAGCACUACUCCACCUCGGCCACGGCCGGCGCGGGGGUGACCGCCGCAGCCGCCGCAGCCGCCGCCGCCGCCGCCAACUCGCCGCCCACCACAGGACUCGACUCCCAUCUCACCGUGUCGCCGCUCAACCGGCUCCAAAGCAUGCAGCCGUUCGACUUCCGCAAGCUGGGCACCCUCGGCCUGCCCGCCUUCCCGCCUAUACCGCCGCCCCCGCCGCCCCCGCCGCCACCGCCGCCGCCACCCGCCGACCAGUUGCUCCAGAACACCCGCAAGUCCAUGAGGAACCCCCAGAGCCCGCACAGCCCGCCCCACCACCACCACCCCCCCGCCAGCCAGCUCCAAAGGCCCCACAUCCCGCCCGUGGCCCCCGUCUCCUCCUCCGCCCUCAACUUCGGCCACCCCCUCUCGGUCGCGGUUUCCUCGGGCGCCCUGCCCCCCACUUUCCCCGCGCACUUCCCACCGCCGCCGAUGGCCACCAAGUCCUCGGUCGCACCCUCGAUAACCGGCCCCCCCUCCGACGUGCACAGCGGGGGCGAGAAGAGCAGCGAGUUCGGGUCGGAGGAGGACGAGGAGGACGACGAGAACUCGGACAGCGCGCUCAACCUGAGCAGACGCGAUUGCCAGAAGCAGCAGCAGCAGCAAGUACAGCAACAGCAGCACGGGGGCGGCACGGGGGCGGUGGGGCCCGAGGCCCACAGACACCACCCGCCCCUACCUCUGCAAGCCGCCCCGCUGGGCAGGCCGCCAGGGAUCCCCGGCAGGAAGCCCCACUCGCCCGGCAAGAGACCGGGGGGCCAGUGGGGGGCGACCGGCAACAUACCCCCCAACCUGGGCACCCCGUUCAUCAACCCGACCACGGGCAAGAAGAGGGUGCAGUGCAACGUUUGCCUGAAGACGUUCUGCGACAAGGGGGCGUUGAAGAUCCACUUCAGCGCUGUUCACCUGCGCGAGAUGCACCAGUGCACGGUGAAGGGGUGCAGCAUGAUGUUCAGCUCGAGGAGGUCGCGCAACAGGCACAGCGCCAACCCUAACCCCAAGUUGCACUCGCCUCACCUGAGGAGGAAGAUCUCCCCCCACGAUGGCCGCUCCUCCAUGGCGCACGCGCUCGUACUCCCGCCUCAAGUCGGCCUCCCCGUCCCCGCCACAGGCCUCAACCACCUACCCUUCGGCUCCUUCCCCCUGCUCACCCCGCCCCCGGACCUCCGCUCCCCCGCCUCCCUCUGCGGCCUCGACUUCAAGCACCUCGACCUGCAAUCGGCCCAGGGGGGCGGCGGCAGGCCGCCCGCCUACGAGGACGCCUCCCCCCUCCAGCAGGCAAGGAUGACCGCGAGCCAGGGGGGCGGCGGCGUCCCUGCGAUCCCUCCGGGAUCCGGGAUCGGCCAGGACGCGGGGAACAACCCCGUGGUCCCCGUGGCGAGGGGGUCGUUCUCGAGCAACAGCGCGGCCGACGCGGUGUCGCCCUCGACCCAGGCCUCGACCGCCGCCGCGGACGGCGAGGAGGAGGAGGAGGACGAGGAGGGGGGCAGCAUCGUGGUGGUGGCCGAGGACGAGGCCAGCAACCUGCUUCCGCCCACCGCCGCCGCCACCACCACCACCACCACCUCCUCCUCCUCCUCCUCCUCCAGGCUGCUGCCGCCCCAUCGCCCGGGCGAGGAGGAGGAGGACGAGCAACCGGCCGACUUCAGCCUUGCCAAGAGACCCAAGUUGUACAACUUCGGGGGGACGGAUGGCCGGCUAGGGGACGAGGAUAUGGCGAGCAACGGGGGGGACAGCAACCUCGAGGACAACGACUCGACGACGGCGAUCGAUCGCUACCACCACCACCGCCACCAUCACCACCAUCACCACCACCACCACCAUCACCACCACCACCGCUCCGUCAACCAUAGCUCGGCCUCGGUGCACAGCAGGGGCGUGAGGAAGAGGAAGUCGCAGCACCCGACCAGGUGCGCUGUACUCACCGAGGUACACUCGUCGUCCACGGACGGGGACUCGUCCAACGACGAGGAAAGGAUGCGUUCCCUGUCCGAGGGAAACGCGGGCACCAGCUGCCCGAUGAACGAGCAGUUCCAGAGCCAGCCCGAGGACAUGUCGAUGUCGAGACUCGGCGAGAGGAAACCCUCCACCUCGGCGCCCGGCUCACCCAAGAAUCUCGCGGGGGAGCGAUCCAACGACCGCGAGUCGUGCCCCCGCUCCCCCGCGGACCCCUGCCGGAAGCGCGAGAACGAAGAAGCGGGCGAGGAGAAACGGGAGCGGAAAGAGGAGGGGGAGGAGGAGGAUCUACCUCAGGACGAGCCUCGGGAUCUGAGCUCGAGAGCGAGCAGCGUCAAGUCGCCGAAGAGGCAGAUCAGUCCGGAGCCAAAGACGACGAGCCACGAGGCGGCGGCCAACGAGAGCGCCUCCAACUGCGGCGUCGGGUCGUCGCGGGCCGAGUGCGAGGAGGCGAUGAAAAAGGAGGGGAAGGAGGAGGAAGAAGAGCAAGAGGAAGAGGAGGAGGUGGAGGAGAAGUCGACGACUACAACGACGACUACAACGGCGGCGACGACGACGACUACGACGUCGUUGAAGAGGGAGGCGGAGGAGAAGGGGGAGAAGAAGGAGGAGAAGCGGGAGGAGGAGAUGGAGGAGAUGGAGGAGGACGAGGAAGAGGAGGAAGAGGCGAUGGAAGAGGUCGAGGAGGAGGAGGAGGAGGAUGAGGAGGAGGAGGAGGAGGAGGAGGAGGAGGAUGAGGAGGUGAACGCGGCGCUGCGGAAUCAGGAAGGUGAGCACGGUCCCGAUGAUCCCUCCCGUGCCCCGAGCUCGGUCGACAGCCGUCCGACGACAGGCGACGACCUCUCCCACGACUCCUCGACCACCACCAACACCACCACCAACACUUUGCGUCAACUCGAGUCCUUGUCGCAGGGUCGCGCGGCGAUGGUGCAGCGGUACGCCGACGGGGGGACGACGACGACGACGACAACGACGACGACGACGACGACGACGACGACGACGCAGGAGGAGGAGGCGGCGGCGGCGGCGGCGGCGGCGGCGGGUUCGAGGUCUGGCCGCGGCUCUACCAGCCCCGUCACCCUCACCACGACGCCUCACCAGGAGACCACCAUGGACAAUUCCUCACGUGGCUCUCGUUCAUCCAGCGCCUCACCCUCCACAGCGGCCAUGGAUACGGACAAUAGCCUUAUCACGUAUGCCCGUUACGAGGACGGGGGGUUCGUGAGCACCCAGGAGGUGCCCCUCGACAGGGAUAACCCGAGGCGGUGCACGGCUUGCGGCAAAGUGUUUCAAAACCACUUCGGGGUGAAGACCCACUAUCAGAACGUCCAUCUGAAGCUGAUGCACAGGUGCAGCGUGGACGGUUGCAACGCGGCAUUCCCGUCGAAGAGAUCGCGCGACAGGCACUCGGCCAACCUCAACCUCCACAGGAAAUUAUUGUCCACGUCGUCGGACAGCCCGCCGCCCCUCCCCCCCUCCACCCUGCCGCCGAGCUUGUCCCCGAGGAGCGCAGCCGGGGACGAAACCCAGAUGAUCGGCCCCCCUUCGCCCUUCCUCCGCAACGAGUUCCUCGCGAGACUGUACGCGGACGCGGGGUUAGGAUGCGCCCUCGGCGCGGCCUAUCCCCUCACGCCCGCGCCCCCCUUGCCCCCCCCUGUCGACCUCGCCGCCAGGAUACCACCCCCCCACCCCCUUCUACUGCCGCCUCACUUGGGGGCCACCUUCUCCGGUCACCUGUCCACGUUCGCCACCCAUUUGGCAGGCCUCAACGGCCUAGCCCAUCGACGCUUCAACCACUUCGCCGCCAUGCCCCGCAACGAUCAAGGGGAAGGAGGGGGGAGCAGGAACGCACGUUCGGGGACGGAUCGUCGGGGGUCGCCUUGCGGCGAGGAUCGGAAAGGGGAGGAGGCGAGGUGCACUGUACCCGGUUGCGACCGGGUGUUCGCCUCGAGGGCUGUGAGGGACGCCCAUUCCAAGGACCCGCAGGCCCAUCGCGACUUGUCGUCCUUACUGUACUCGACCAGCGGCGGCGGCGGCGGCGGCGGCGGCGGCGGCUCGUGACCGAUCUCCUCCCGCGGCUAUUAUCCACUGCUGUGAUGCCAAAAAUAUAUCCGAUCGAUAUAUGGCUCGCCAACCCUCCUCCAUCGCGCGCUUUUGUUUUUUUUUUUUUUUUUUUUUUUUUCCUGCCGGAAAAAGAAGAAAGAAACGUGCAAUAUCGGGGAUGGGAUUGUUUCCACCUUUUCGUUCCAACCUUUCGAGAUCUUCCGCCGUUCCUGGACGCGGGUUCCGUGGUUCUUUUUCUCACCCCCCUCGUAAGGGAAGGAACAAGGACCCAGGUGAUUCGAAUCGACCGAAAUGAAUCUUGCCGGUGGCGAUAUCUCUCUCUGUCUCUCUCUGUCUCUCCCCCUCUCUUAAGGGUGAAAAAUCACCCGGAGGGCGGGCCACUGGACGCGUUCCAAUCCCGGUUUUCGGAGUCAGUUUUUUUUUUUUUUUUUUCUUCAAACGGAAGGUGCUUGCAAUCUCUAGUCAAUUCGGAAAUCCUCGGCCAUUUCCGCUGGAAAUUCGACCAUAGGACCAUCGCGCGUGGAGAUCGGUUUGGUUGGAUUGGAAUCCAAAAAAAAAAAAAAAAAAGAAAAAAGAAAGAAAAGAUUUCCCAUUCCCCGAUUCUCGUGUCACGGAAAAUUUCGAAAAGGAAAGAAAAACUGGUCGACCGUAGAAGAAUCUAUCUGUUUCGUUUAAUUGUUUGUUUCUUUUCUUCUUUUUUUUUUUACACUCGAAGAGGCGGCGAUAGAUAGGGGGACGAUGGAUGAGAAAAGAAUGAUGUGCGAGAUUGGGAUGUGAAAAGAGAGAAAAAAAGAAAAAAAAAAAAAGUGGAAAGAUCGAACGCGCCCUCGUUUCGGUCUUCCGGGCUGAUUUUAUCAUCGUUGUGAUAAAACGUAACGUUUAGUAUAAAUAUGCCACUUAUUUAAUCAGUAAUCAAUUACUACCGCUGUAUAUAAUAAACAUAGUACCUUUUUUCGAUGUAUCGCGUUAUUAAUCAAUUUUAAGCUACUUCGACGCGAAACGCGAGGCUACUCGCUGGGGGGGGGGGAGAGGAGAGGAGAGGACGAGUAGUUUUGUAACCCGAUGAAUCCGGGAUAUCGAGCCGACGACCGAAAUGAAAAAAAAAAAUUAAGCGCGAGUACGAUGAUGAUGAUGAUGAUGAUGAUGAUGAUGAUGAUAAUGAUGAUGAUUAUAACGAUAAUGACGAUGAUAAUUACGACGAUGACGAUGAUAAUGAUGAUCAGCCUUUCCAGAUGGCGGGCUAUUCGCUCGCGCGUUCACUCUACCUACGCCAUAUUGGAAUUUAUACGA